CAACCCUUCCGAUUGGCUCUCCGCAAUUGGCUGACCGUCGGAAAUUGCGCUGCGCAAGUGUCCAGUGUCCAGUGUCUCUAGUGCCGGUGAGCGCGGGGCACUAGAAAGUCGAACGUCGAAAGAACAUCAACCCGACACUCGUCAGGUGAUCCGCGGCCACGUCCUCCAGCAAGGCAGCGUCCGACGGGCACACGAAACCGGGAAUGAUUGUGUUGCGAAAAUCUCGACUAAAACUCCCACCAACGGGUACGGUGUUGUUGGUGGUGCUGCUGGUGGCCAUCGGUCCACGGUUGGGCCACGGUGCCGGACUACGUGACAAGCUGAACGUGUACGAGCAGCGGCGAUUCGCACGGCAGAUCGAGGAAAGCGAAAACAGUGGCCUUUACGAUGCGACCGACUCCGUCAUCUCACUGUCGGCGGCCAACCUGAAGGAGCGGGUCUUCAACCAACCCCACGCCUCGCUGGUCGAGUUCUACAACUCGUACUGUGGCUUUUGUCGCCGGUUCGCCCCAAUCUGGAAGCAGCUAGCGGCGGACAUCCUGGGCUGGCAGCGACUCGUCAAGGUGACGGCGCUGGAUUGUUCGCGUGACGAAAACAAUGCCGUCUGCCGAGAGUUCGAAGUGAUGGCCUACCCGACGAUCCGCUUCUUUGCGCCCCAGUACACCGAUGGCGAGCAAAAGAUUGGCGAACCAGUGAAGGAGCACGAUGGACAGCGCAUCAUUGACCGGCUGGUGGAGUACAUGCUGCACGUGGAAAGUAAACCAUCGAGCUGGCCUACCUUGGCCACGCUCAAUCGAACCGACGAUAAGGCGGCCCUCUUCGAAGGGGCCACCGGUGCGGCCGGUGGCAAACCGCGGUACGUGUACCUCGUCAGCGAAAAGGAUGCCAACGCCACGGUUGGGCUGCAGGUGAUACUCGAUUUCUAUGACACGCCCGGAGCCAUCGUACACCGAGUGCACGAUCCGACGGCGGCUGAUAAUGGCCUCUCGGUAGUGGACGGCAAUUCGCUAAGCACCGUUCGGUUACCGAUUGAUGAGUUCACGCGCGAAAAGCUACGUGAGGCCAUCAAGGCGCAUCUGAAGCAGCAUCACAUCGUCGUGACGGACGUGUCCACGAAGUCAACCAAAUCGAAGGCUGGUGGCAGCAGUGGUGGCGGUGACGGGGCGUCUACUGAACAGAACAUAUCGGCCCUGAUGGAACACAAGCAGGAGGCGGCCAUCCGGGCGAAGGUGAAGGAACGGGGUGCGGGCAUCGUUUAUCAGGCGGACCUUGAGGAAGCCAUCCGAUUCGCGCUGUUCCACGAGAUCGGCCGUUUCAAGACGAUUGAAGGCGAGCGGUUGGUGGCGAUGCGCAACUUUCUCGACGUACUGGUGCGCCACUUUCCGUUCAACGAUAACGGGCGCCGCUUUCUGACCGAGCUGCGUCAGUACGUCCUGAAUGCGGGCGAGAAAAAACUCGACGGCGAAGCGUUCGUCGAGCGGGCUAAGGCACUCGAAAAGGAACGAUCUCCGGUGUUCGCUUCGAACCACUGGAUUGGCUGUUCGGGCUCCAAGGAAGGUUUGCGGCGGUACCCGUGCGGUCUGUGGACACUGUUCCACUACCUGACGGUGCAGGCGGCCGAAAAUGAUCGAUCCACCAACCCGCAAGAGGUGCUGGAGGCGAUGCACGGGUACAUCAAGAACUACUUCGGGUGCUCCGAGUGUUCGCUGCACUUUCAGCAGAUGGCCGACCGGAACCGGAUCUGGCAGGUGGCGUCGAAAGAUGACGCCGUCCUGUGGCUGUGGUCGAGCCACAACGAAGUGAACCAGCGGUUGGCGGGCGAUGCGACGGAAGAUCCCGAGCAUCCGAAGACACAGUUCCCGACGGUCGCCGACUGUCCGCAGUGUCGCAAGAAGAUCCUCACCAACCAUCAUAACCAUAAGCAGUACACGAUGGAAGAUGGCAACGAGUGGGACCUGGGCGAGGUGUUGCGCUAUCUGAAGCAAAUAUACGCCUACGAUCGGCGUAGUCUGUUCGGCCUGCACGACAGCAGUCUGGCACCGCAAGGUGGCCCCGAUGGUCGGCAGCAGUGGGAUGGGGCCGCUGCCGCAGCCGCCGCCCAAACCAGCUACCACUCGUACGGUAACGCACUCAGUGAUAUCGACAUCCGGUUCAGUGCGCUCCUUUACGUAACCUGCAUCGUGAUGAUCGUUAUUGCGAUCAAGCUCGUAGUGAAGCGGGGCUACCGCAAGAAGAUGUACCCACACGACAUUCUGGGCAAGGUGUAGGUCGAAGAUUAUGGGCCAAGCCAAGGAAAACAUUCCGCACAGUACGCUUCCUAACAUGAUGCUCAACAGCACGGCGGGGCAGUCCGAUGAGCCGCCGUCUACAGUUUUACGAUUUCAACUACCAUUCCGGGGAAAGGGAGCAGCUCGCUUGCUCUCUAUCUGUAUUCCAUUGACCGUCGUUAAUCCGCAGCAUAAAACCUGACAACAAAG